AUGAGGCUCCCGCUCAGUUUGGCUGUUCUGGUGACGGCGGUGGGUUUUCUUCACUCGGUCCCGGAGGACCCACCCAAAGGCAUCUCAGAGGACACCCUGAAACAGUUAUCUUUGGAUGGAGAGAAGUUGGUCGAUGAGGAGUUGAGGAGAGCACUGUAUGGGGUGAAGCAGAUAAAAGAGGUGAUGUCAAGGAACGAGGAGAAGCAUGAGCACCUGAUGACGUCCCUCCGACACAGCAGUGAGAAGAAGAAGGGGGCAGCCCAACUUGCCCGGGAGGUAACGGAGAAGCUGGAGGAGGCAGAGGAGCAGUGUAAGGACUCUCUGCAGUCAGAAUGGGAGGAGUGCAGGCCCUGCCUGGAGGACGCCUGUAAGACCUUCUACACCUCCACCUGUCGCAGGGGCUUCUCCGCCUUCCAUGCCAAGGUCGAGAACUUCUUCCACCGAGUGUCCAAACGCUUUGGCCCCCGUGAGCAGCCCAUCGAGGCAGGCGACAUCCUCGUGAACCAGAGCCCUGAGAACCAGGACCUGGAGGUGAGCCGCAUCGAAGAUUCCUUUAACCGCCUGAUGAGCAAGAUGGGCACGCUGGUGAAACGCAGCAUGGUCCUGGUCUCCAAGAUGAGCAGCAAAUUCGACAAGGUCCUCCAGAGAGCCUUCCUGAACAAGACCAGAGACGAGGUAGAGGAGACCCCCUCUGAUCCCUUCUACCCCGCCCGUGACUCUGGCUUCCUGCAGGGUGUGGGCCUGGAGGAUGUGCUCGACUCCUUCUUUGACUUCGGCAGGAGCGUGGUGGAGGAGUUUGGAGCCGUCGUGACCCAAGUGUUUGGGGACCUCCACGAGGCAGUGGAGGAAGAGAGGAAGAAAGAGAGGGACACGUUCCCUCGUUUCUUGCAGAACAGAAAACUGUGCAAAGAUCUGCGGAGACAGACCUCAGAAUGCUGGCGGCUGCAGAACCAAUGUGAGGCCUGCCAGGGGGCCCUGCUCACAGAGUGCCCAGCUGUGCGUGAGCUGCACCUGGAGCUGGAUGAGGUGUCCCAACUGCUGGACAUCUCCAAAGAGCAAUACGAGGAGAUCCUGUCCAUUGUCCAGCAUCACGCCGACGAAACCAUCAACUGGCUCAGCAACAUGGCCGCCGAAUUCAGCUGGGUGGCGCAGAUCGCGGCCAAGAACGACAGCAUCCCGGACAGCAUCUUCCGCAUCACCACGGUGAUGCAGAAGAGCAGCGACGGAGACAACGGGCCGGUACCGGAGACCGAGGUUCAGGUAGAUAUCCUGGACUCUCCUGCCCUCCUGCUCUCGGUGCCGGGUCAGCUGGAUGUGCAGGACCCUGCCUUCAUCCAGUACGUAGCCCAGGAGGCUCUGGGCAAAUACAAGGAGUUGAUCAGGUACGAGGAGAAAUGAAAGUCGAGGGAGUUUCCAUCAGCUGUUCUUGCGCUUCAUGGAGCUCAGAACUGGACUAUCG